AUGGCGAAAUUAAGUGAAUUGGUGAGCGACCACAGCUCUGAGGAGGAAUCACAAGUGUCCAGUGCGGAGGAAGUUCCUUCUCAUUCUCCUGACGUUUCGGGUGGAAAAAAUAGCAAGGAAGGAAAUCAACCCAAGUCUUCUGGAGACGAUGAUUCAAGUACUUUAAACGAUUAUGUUCGUGCUGAAGGAGAAGCUGUUGUGACAAAGGAAGGAUUAGAUAACGAGUCCGGCGUAUUUUUGGUUCGUUUACCUCCUGACAUGGCAUUUGAAGAUAUAACAGAAAUGAACUUGGGAGGAAAGCCUUCAAUAGCUGCAAGUUCGUCUACUGCAGAAUCUUUUCAGAUACGCCAAGAAUCUCUUGGCGCCGUACGUAUGUUUGUGCCUGAUGAAAAGGGGACGUACUCUGCCAGUGAAAUAAGAACAGGCUUUGUCGUCUCAGAGACACCUAGAAUUGUUUUGAAUGGAAAUUCCAAAGAAAAGGAUCAAGCAGCCGAUAUUGCUGAUGGAAAGAUCCCCCAGGUCAAGAAUUUAAAACAGCAUUUCCGACCUAUUGGAGCUGUAUACACUAAAUCAUCUACUGAAGAGACAGCUCCUUCUACAAGUGCUGAGGAACCUACAAGUAUUGAACAGCAAUCUACGGAAGAACAAAAGGAGGAGCGAUCCGAAAGUAAAAAGAGAUCACGAGAUAAAAAGGAAAAGGGAAAUGAGGAUAAGGAAAAAGACAAGAAGAAAAAACACAAAAAGUCAAGUAAAAAGGAAAAGAAUUAG